GUUUCUCAGACACACCUCUUCUGUUAUUCACACGCAAGGGGGGGAAAAAACCCAAAACGCUCAGAUAUCACCUCAAAGGCAACGUUCACACGUUAGAAAAAAUAAAAUGCUCCAAAACAUGUACUAUGGCCAGAUUGGCCAAAGGGACGUGGAAUGGUUAUUGGGGAAAUAUGGGAAGGAUGGAAGCUUCCUCUUGAGAGACAGCCAAAGUGAGCGCGGAGCUUUAUGUCUCUGUGUCAGGAAAACUCCAUUUGUGCACACAUACAGGAUUGUCCAUUCACCUCAAGGUUGGGCACUGGAGACUGAAAACAAGGAGAAGAUACAGUGGUUCCAGUCAUUGGAUAAACUCAUUGAAUCCUGCAAAGAGACCCCACAUAACAUGGUUCCACUUCUGUAUCCUCUUGAAAAAUCACAUGUAAAUGAAGAGAAGAGACAAAUCGGAGAAUCAGCCUACAUGGAAAUGUGACCCACUGAGAUGGAGUGUGUCUGUGUAAAUAAUUUUCCCUUUUCUAAACUAUAUUUACCAAGUAAUGAAUGCAUGCAUUUAUCUACAAAAUGAGUUGUACCUCUGUCUAUCCAUCUUUGUUUGAUUGGUGUAUGUAUAGUAUCUCUCAAGUGACUCUACUGGCCUUCUGUUACUUAAGGAAACUAUCCCACAAGAUGGCAAUGGAGCAAUGAUAAUUUGUGUAGUGGGCAACAUAUUCAAGGCACCUGCCCAAUUACAUGAUGCCAAGUCUGUGUGAUGAAUUCUGUUUUCUGGAAAUUUCCUCUCGAAAGUGUUUAGUCUGUGUGCUGUAAUCAGGAAAUUCCAGUAGAAAGAAACUGAAAAUAAUGUAUGAAUUGCAAAUAAGGACACACUUGUUUCUUGCAUUUAUUAAACACAAUGUUGUACAAUCUGCCUUA